AGCAAACCUCAUUCUUUCUUCUGUAUUGCACAGGCUUCCACUGUGUAGACGAGAGAAUUGGAGCGAAUAAAUAUGGCAUCGGCGUCCUCUUCCGACGGAGUUGCCGGAAGGCUUCGGAACGCAUCGUUGGUUCUUGUUUCCGAUAACAGUUCCACAAUUUCUGACAUUCGUAAAGCUGUGACUAUGAUGAAGAACAUUGCUGUUCAGUUUGAGAAAGAUAAUCAAACUGAGAAGGUUAAAGACUUGGAAAAUUCCGUGGCUGAGCUUUUAGAUUUAUUUGGUGAUUGUGCUCAUCGUUCGGCGGCAAUUCAAUCUGUCGCAAAUGCGUACCAAUCUGGGGAACAGUUAACUGACUUUAAAAAGUUACUUGACGACGAGUUCACAAAGAUCAAGGCUACAACUUCUUCAGUGACUCAAAAUGAUCAUCUGAUGCGCCAGUUCAGGGAAGCAGUUUGGAACGUUCAUCAUGCAGGUGAACCAAUGCCUGGUGACGACGAAGAGGACAUUGUCAUGACCAGUACUCAGUGCCCUCUCCUAAACAUGACAUGCCCUGUGAGCGGGAAGCCUCUCACUGAACUAGCAGAUCCAGUUCGCAGUAUGGAUUGCAAGCACGUCUACGACAAAUCCGCAAUCAUGCAUUACAUAUCCAAAAAUUCCAAUGCGAAGUGUCCUAUAGCAGGCUGCCGAGGUAAACUGCAGAAUAACAAAGUGGUCUGUGAUCCAAUGUUGAAGUAUGAAAUCGAGGAGCUGCGCACGAUGAACAAGCAAUCCAAUAGGGGGGAAGUGAUUGAAGACUUCACAGACUUAGUCGAUGAAGAUUAGAGAUCAAAAUAUCUCUUCAAGUUCACAACUUUUGCUUUUCGUUGUCCAUUUGGUAUAUUUAUCAAAUGUGAAGUCUGCUACCAAUUGUUUCCAGUUUUGGAUGUAAAUAGGCAAAAUACCACUCUAACAGCUCGUUUUGGCUAAGUUUGAGUUCUUCUUCUGAGGCUAGUCAAAUCUUAUUUCAUUUCUUUUAGGAGUGUUUUGGGUUCUCAGAUUUCUGUGGAGUUAUGAAAUGAAAAUAUAGGAACCGAAUGUAAAACUGAGUUUGGAUUUA